UAGUUGUUGUCAGUGGGGCGAGCGUGGAGGUCGUGUGAUUUGAAUUUCAUUUCGAUUUAUUUUCUGCAAGCCCAUUUCCUAAAAGUUGUUAUUUUUUAAAUAAACCGAUAAAACCUAGUUUGCAUAUUUAAAUUUAAUAAUUAGCUAUAUCGUUGUCAUUUAAUAAUCGCCACUUUUUUACCGUCAAUAUGCAAGAGACCGUUACAAACGCUAACGAAAGAAAAUCCUUGUUUUCUUCGUUUUUGGAGGUUCUGGAGAUUCGAGAGAAACAGGCUCAAGCAGACAGGCAGUUGCAGGAAGAAAAGUAUCUGAGAAGGACCCAGAGAAUCUACGAUUUUCACGAGCGGCAGCGGCGCGAGGCGGCGGAGCUGCGGCGCUGCCUGGACUACGUGUCGCAGCACGCGCACGUGCUGGAGAGCGUGCUGCGCGGCGCCGGCGCGGCCGACGCGCCGCUCAGCGCCUGCCUGCUGCGCCAGGCCGCCGCGCUGCAGCGCUGCAUGGCGCAGUGCGUCGCCAACGCCAGCCGCAUCCGACACCUGCUCGCCGCCACGCACCAGCCGCAGAUGGACACCAUGCUCGCCAAAAUGGAGGCGGAGCUGAGCACGUGGACGGCGUUCCUGCAGCGCGCCGUGGACGCCACCUACAACACCGAGGUCGUCAUCGACAACCUGCACAACAUCAUCGCCGAGCAGCGGCGCUGCGUGCGCGAGGUGUCGUCCAGCAGCGUGUUCACGUCGCUGACGGGCGCGGACGCGGGCGCGGCGGGCGAGCAGGGCGGCGAGGCGGGCGGCGCGUGGUCGCCGCUGGACCGGCGCGCGCCGUCGCUGGCGAGCAGCACGCCCAUCGCGCGCGACUAGCGCCGGCGCCGCGCCUGCUGCUUGUCUGCCUGCUGGCGCGCGCCGCCGGCCUCUACCUGUGUUCACGUCUAUACCAUGGUGCAGCAUGCUGACUUAACAGAACGACCUGAUGUUGAUAUCGUUUAGUUUAAACAAGUUCUCGAAAACAUUGCCUACUGCUGCGCCCACGACGGCGCACCACGACGGCUAGUGAGGUGCCGUCGACGUCACGUCUAUUCUUUUUGUAUCGUUCAGUAGUUUAUCAGCUAGGAGCAAGCAACAUUUGUGUUGUCAGUUUGGUCACACGAGGGACCCGGGUCGCAGAGGGCGCCGGUGUGUGCUGUGCUGUCGCUAUCGCUCGAUAUAAAUAGCGAUAGCUCAGGCGACUAUUGACGUGACGUCGAUGCCGACCUUGCCGGAUUCUAAAUGAUAUUUUAUGUUUUCGUACUGCAUAUAGGAAGUGCGCCAAACCGCCGCCACUCGACUCCUGCUGUAAUAUUUACAGCGAGAGGAUCAGCGGCGUGGUAGUGUGCCCACUUGAAGCUCGAAAUAAACGAUUGCUUGUGAAGUAAGCGAGCGAUAAGCCGCGACUCGAGUAGUUUAUGUAAUGAAACGUAAGAGUACAAAUACCGCCAUGUGUUGCCCGCAGCACUGCCUUAUAGUGUGUGUUCAAUUCGCGUCACUGCCCAAUCUAUCUAACAUUAUCUGCGCUCACGUUUGUUAACAUUACAUUAUAACUUUGUAAUCGUAUUCGCUUUUAAAGUUUUCGAUAGUUGGUGAUGUUUCGAAAUCAUUAUUAUAACUAAUAUAACUAUAAUAGGAGUACUACUACAAAUGUGUUGUGUAUAGGAGUUGACAGUCGUGUCAGUGCUGCGACAGAGCAGCCCGCUGCACCAUAUGCUUGUCGUGUUUCGACCGCGCUUAUAUCCCUUGUACUCUCCAGUCGAAAUAUAUUUUUCAUUAUUUCAAACCGUAUCGAUGAUGAUAUAUAGAUAAAGGCCGAGUGACUUCCGCCCUGGUGACGGUGGUAUAGUUUCGAUGGUGCUGUACUGGAACUGUACUUGUGGGCUGCCUUCUCUGCGCCGCACGCUGCCGCACUCCUACUUGUAGGGUUUUGGAUACUUUUUACCUAAGUCUAGAUAGUAAUAUUCAUAGACAACACUUAGGGCUGCCAUCAACUUCCUCGCCGAAAUAGACUAUUGACGAUGCGUCCAUCAAUCCAAAUGGAGUGAACGUCUUCCAAAAUCGUUUCGUUAAUGUCAUAAACGUAUUCCGAUCAAAUGGACGUCUACCAGCUUUGGACUUACAAACGAAUUGAUCUCCAUGUAUCCAAUCCAAAGGGCCUGGAGUAUACAUUUUAUAGAGUACUUUUUUCGAACUGCAACUGAGCCCAGUGCGCGUACGUCCAAAUGGAAGUAAGUCAAUGUGCCUGAAAACUGAAGCACGACCAUAGGGACGUAUUCCGUUAAGAAGCGUUCCAAGCAGACGUGUCGUCAAUGGCAGGCUUUAUACCCGGGUUUUACAUUAUCCAGCUUAUUGAAUAUCCCAGAUGUCCUCUACAGUGGAACAAGCCCGGUCGUCGGACCGGGCAGCUCCAAGUGUACUCUAUGUAGUGUUAGUGUUCGCUAAUAUAGAUCUGAUAGCACAUGUCGACACACUGGCUGUCAUCAGCAUUUUGUGCUUCAAAUGUGCUUCUAAAUUAAUAUUUUUCUAUUUCUUCACACAGACAGGCGAUUUAAUCGCAUAUAAAAUUAAGUUAAAAAUCCUCGUUAAAAACUCGUAAAUUAACGAGGAUUUUUAAUCCUCGUUAAUUUACACUAUUUAGAGUACUUUAUUUUUGAAAGAUCCUGUAUUAUCGCAACGGUACUGAAAAUCGAUGUAGUUAUUUCGUGAAGUUCAAAUGAAUCUCAACGUACAGGCGUGUGUUGUAGUGAGUAGGAGCGUGUCGGGGCUGCUGGCGUGGCUCAUCUCUCGUUGUGCGAGUGAGGCGCCUGUCUGUUUACACAGUAUUGUUUGGAUGUCAAUGUAUUACCAAAUAAGAACGUAUUCAUUACGUAGGUAUAUAAAAGUUAUUGUAACAAGAAUGUGGCCAAAUUUUUCUUAGUGUGGAGUGUACACGCUCGUCGGUCGUGUGCUUUGUCAAGCUUUACACUAAUAAUUUACAUAUAAUGUAAAUAUCAUUAUUUGCCAACACCGAAGGUCAUGUAUUUUUAUAAAAACGUUAUGCUACAUGAAAUGAUAGUUGAAGCCUAGUUUUAAUAAACAGAUUAUUGUAAAUAGUAUACAUAAUUAGUUCGUGCUCAGGCCCACGGCCGGCUUUGUGAUAUCACAACGAAGCUUAAUGUUAACAUGAACAUGAUCACUGAAGGGACCUUAUCGUACUUGUUGUCAAACAUCAUGUUGCUGUCGUUGUUUAUACAUGUUUAUGCAUUUAUUGUGAUCGUAUCGCGCAUUAUUCAAUACAUAUUACUCUUUUAUUCAAUUAUAUUUAUAUAUUGUUAUUAAAAUAACGUAAAGAGAGAAUUAGUGUUCGUGUUGACACCUAGUUGUAAUAAAAUUACUGUUGCUAAUGAAAUAUGAUGACGUCAUGUUUGUCUGCUGUACUAUAUACAAGUUUCUUAAAUGUUUUAUCUUUAUAAAUUCUUAUUAAUGUUAAGAGGUUGUUGAGCAGGCUGGAACGCCAAGCCUAGUACCAUGAUGAUGAGUGCAAUGAUGAUACCGUACCGCUGCCGUGCCGCAUGCUCUCUGCACCGGUACUCACAUUCCACAACUUCACUUCGUAUUUUGUGUAUAUUGUUCAUGUAAAUUAAUAAAUUGAUUAUUAUUUGUAAA